AUGAUCUGGCCAUUUCUAAUGAUAACUGCUGGGGCUGGCUUUAUAAUUGCAAGAGGAACUUCAUUAUUAGCAAAAAGAGGUGGGCUCGUUCCUCGUAGUGUAGUCAAACCUUUAAUAGGGUCUACGAGAAAAUUUCCUUUAAAACUUAAAGGAUUUGAGAACCCAAUGAGUAUUAGGGAAGCUUAUAAGAUAUUAAACGUACCUCCUAUUGCGUCGAAGGCGAGAGUCAGGGAGGCUCACAGGCAGCUAAUGCUAAGGAAUCACCCAGAUAAUGGAGGCUCUAACUAUGUCGCCUCUAAGGUAAAUGAAGCAAAGGAGUUGAUUUGUGGGGAUAAAAAUCAAUAA